CCGCUCCGCCCCCCCCCCGGCCCGGCCCGGCCCGGCCGAACGCGGCGCGGGGCGCUCGGAGUCCCGCCCGCCCGGGCGCGCAGAGCCAGGCGCGCAGGCACCCGCAGACACCCGCACGCUCCGACACGGGCGCACGCGGAAGUGCACCCCGAGCCGGCUCGCAGCCCGCCGCCCCGGCCGCCCCGGCGCAGCGUGCAACAUGGCGCUGGUUCCCUGCCAGGUGCUGCACGCCGCCAUCCUCCUGUCCUAUUGCUCCAUCCUGUGCAAUUACAAGGCCAUUGACAUGCCCGCGCAUCAAACCUAUGGAGGCAGCUGGAAAUUUCUGACCUUCAUAGACCUGGUUAUCCAGGCUGUAUUCUUUGGGAUCUGCGUCUUGACUGACCUGUCCAGUCUUCUCACUAAAGGAAAUGACAAUCAAGAACAAGAGAGGCAGCUGAAAAAGCUGAUUUCCCUCCGUGACUGGAUGAUGGCUGUUCUGGCUUUCCCUGUCGGAGUGUUUGUUGUGACAAUGUUUUGGAGCAUCUAUAUCUAUGACAGGGAACUGGUUUACCCAAAGCUGCUCGAUAAUUUUAUACCAGCGUGGCUAAAUCAUGGAAUGCAUACAACAGUUUUGCCCUUUGUAUUAAUCGAGAUGAGAACAACACAUCAUCAGUAUCCCAGCAGGAGCUGUGGACUGGCUGCAGUGUCCACCUUCGCUGUUGGCUAUAUUUUAUGGAUGUGCUGGAUUCACCACGUUGCAGGAGUGUGGGUGUACCCACUUCUUGAGCACCUCAGCGCAGGUGUCAAAAUAAUCUUUUUUGCUGCUGCUACUGUAAUAAUUAACAUAUUCUACUUGGUGGGAGAGGCCCUGAACAACUACAUCUGGGAUACCCAAAAAUGUCUUGAAGAAGGAAAAGACAAGCCAAAACUGGACUGAACAAUAGAGGCAACAUGGAGGAUUGUUUAGUGUUCAAUGGAAGAUUUCUCAUCUCUAACAGAGGCUGACAAGAAGAGGAAUGUUUUGGAAAGGAGGAAGUUAGUUUAUUGGGCCCUUUGCUCGGUGCAAGGAUAUUUUGGGGUUUUAUAUGGAGGGAAAAUUAUUUCAGUUAAGAAUAAUAAUAAUGUUUCAACCUCCAUUCCUAUUUCUCCAUGCUUGCAUGUGACAUACACAUUUAAUAUGUAUAUUUAUCUCCACAACACUGUCCACAUGGAUUUCUUGCAUCGUAUGUCAUUAAAUCAUUAAGUCAUUAAAUCUUUUCACUUCCACCAAGAAAAGUAAGUGAAUUCUCUGUAUUGUUUGGGAAAAACUUAGCCAGGUAGGACUAAUACGGGGAAACAAAACAUUCCAAUAAAUUUCAAAGUACAAUAUAAAAAUACAGUAGGAGUUAAUUGCAUGAAUGUAUCUGAAGAAUUCAAUCUGACUGAAAUAUUAAUGUAACACAGUGUAACAGCUGCCUUACGUCAGUGAUGUUAAUAAUUUCAUCAGUCCAGUUAAAUCUUAUUUACAGUGUUAGACUAUCUAAAUAUGAUGCAACUUUUCUUAAGCGGGCCUAAAUAAAGAUCUGAUUAUCCUUG